AUGGUUCGUACAUCUACAAAUGCCGCCGACUCGGCUGAGCCGGAUUGGACGACCUCCGAAAUCUCUAAGAUGAUUGAAAAUUUAACGUUUUGUCAAUUGAAACCAGGCAAAUUCGAAGUGGGCGAUGACAUUGAUGAAUGGCUCGAAGAGAUGGAUGAGCUCUUUGCCUAUACAGACCCUCAACUCCGCUCACAAAGGCUUAUGAAUGGACUGGCGAAGAAGGCUAGGAUGGUAGCUGAGCUGGCUGGCUGCUCGUCAGCCAUGCCUUAUGACCAGCUAGUUGCAGCGCUGCGAAACGAAUUUGCAAACGUCGACGAACUAGCCAGGAUACUGAGGUGCCGUACCUACCGACCAGGUGAACCUCUUCUAGACUACGUAGCUGACAUAUAUUACCUGGUACCCAGGGUUUACAGGCACAUACCACGCUCGUGUCGUGAUAUGGUAACGAGUGCACUGGUCGUUCUUGGUCUACCAGAAAACCCGCUUAGGCGUUAUCGACACCUUUUAAACCAGCCGUUGGCGGAUGUGCUGCGGGAACUCACUCAAGAUCCAGUUCUCAAUAGGAGAUACCCAGCUUGUUAUGUCCUAAUUGUCUCGACGAUCUCAUUUCAUAUUAUUGUCAUGAUCGUCUCUGCCGCGCUUAACCUGGCAUCUGAUGGCAGCCUUCGUCAGAACGGUGGUGCGGACAGUAUGGCAUGGACUUGGGGUGGACCUGGUGAGAUCGCUCAAGCGAACACCAGUUAA